AUGAUUACGAUUGCGGCUGAGAAUUCGUUUGAAAGAGGUUACGCGGAAUACUUUGUUAAACCACGUAAUUUGGUUGACUUCAUUGAUAUAGGGCGUAUCACCGUCCAGAUACUGCAAACUGCCAAGGAAUUCAAGGAUAUACAAGGGGACAUCUUUGCGAAGCUCAAUGAUCGUGUUAACUACAAGGCCAACUCGGUGAUGCAGUCUCUGAUGAGCUUAGCUCCACAAAAGGCAAUCAUAGCAGAGACUGGAGAAGAAGUUGAAGUAGAUGAGGUUAAGCUCAACACAAUCGUAGCAGUUGAAGCCGGUGAAACCAUACCAGUUGAUGGAAACUUCUGCUGGAGCUUCUACCCCUGCAACAGAUUCUGCACCAUCUGUACAUAG